UUUGUGACCGAGGCUACGCACAUCAACAACGUAGGCCUACUUUAGUACUUAGAGGAUUAAUUUUUGAGGAUCCAUAGACGUGUACAUCUCAUCAAUUAGAGGAUUAUCCAUGACAUCGUUUUGCAACUGUCAUCAUCAAUUAUCUGUCGUGGAAUUUGUGCCCAUUCUUGCGCUGACAAGUUCAUGGGCAACAGUCGCACCGCAGUGGUUGGAUGUUUGAGUCCUUUCUCCACGAUUGGCCUUAAUGAAUGCAUCAGAAGAAACUGAGGUGAUUCUUUCGCAGUAUCUGGAUUUAUACUGAAAACAAGGAUAUUGCAGUGUGUAUGAAAUCCUGCUGUUAAUUCCUGACCUGAUCCCGCACAAGACGAACUUUUUCGAAGAUACGGUACCAGAGAGACUUCCUAGCAAUGGCUUUCUUUUUCAAAAGCACCCAUACCAUCAACGACCCACUUUCGGGGACAGAAAAUGAUGACAUUCUCGCGGAAGAGAUUGCCGUUGACGCGGGCUCGUUGAAAAUCUCUAGAUGCAAGGAGUGUGGCUUUGAGUUUCAAAGUGACCAGUAUAAAAAAGAUCACGAGAGAUGGCAUGAGCACGUACGUAGCAAACAGCGUUCGUCCAAAAGUCGUGGAAGUGGCGGAAUUCAAGCUUAUCUUGGCACAGAGACGACAGCCUUUCGGCAGCCUGAGAUGGUGCUCAAACCCUUUGCAUGUGAAUACUGCGGCUGGCGGUUUAUCUUGAAGAAGGACAUGAUACACCACGUACGGACCCACACAGGAGAGAAGCCGUACGCAUGCUCGGAAUGCGACAAGCGAUUCUCGCGGGCUUACUCGCUCACCCAGCACAAAAGAACGCAUGACCGACGGGAUAAAACUUCCACGGGCGACAAAUGCUCGAGGGGCUUUGGAACCAGAAACCAUAACCUUACGCACCUUAAGUACGUCCAAAAAGAACCGACGGAAACUGAAACUUCCACGCUGAAAGUUGAAACAACCCAGAGUAAAAAAAAUAGUCACCAUAAUAGGGCGUCAUCUGAAUCUCAUGCUGACUUAACCGUCCCAACCCAGUCAUCAAUUUCGUCCCCACCUGCUAGUGGGCCUUUGGAAAAGCUUAAAACUAUAGAUACUAGCAGUAUAUCAGACAUGAAGGAAACUGCAGGGAAUGAAAACAUCAAGCAAGUUGACAACUUCUCCGCGAAACCUCUUGGUGGUGGAAAGCGAGGGAUUCGCUUCACCUGCCAGUUUUGCGGAUGGGGAUUUUGGGAUAAGAAAGACAAGAAUCAGCACGAAUGGACGCACACGGGCUUUAAGCCGUAUCGCUGCACAAAAUGUGACAAGAGUUUCUCUCGUACCUACACUCUAAAGCUUCACCUGAGAUCUCACACAGGCGAGAGACCUUACCGUUGCCAGCACUGCGAUAAAAGUUUCACAUGUGCCAGCAGCCUGCGGCUGCACGAGCAGGUGCACACCAAGGUGCACAGGCACAAGUGCAGUAUGUGCCCAAAAAGCUUCAAACGCAUAGCCGAUUUCAGAGAUCACCAGCGGGAACAUCUCAACAGCGAUCCCGUUACGUUUGCUAGGUGCUAUAGUGCCACGAAUAAAGGUGCCAAUGUGAAGGUCGCGUCUCAUCCUGUUAGCCAUUCACCCGCACGGUCUGACCUUGCCAUUCCUACUCAAGAAAUUUCGUCUAAAGGGGCACAUGAGAUCUCUGCUUAUCCAUUAGAAAAAAGUCAUCAGGUCAGCUCUACAACAUCUAUAAGUGAAUUUCCUCGCGGACCCGAUCUUAAAUAUUUACAGUCACAAGACACCAAUCAACCUAAGUCAAGUGCUUUAAACUCAACUUGUUCGUCUGGGGAACUACAAGACAGUGAUCGAAAAAUCUUGAUCAAAAAGUACAACAAGCUCAUCUCCGGGCGAAAAUGUUGGCGAGAACCAAGAUUCGUGUGCCAGUACUGCAACAAAGCGUUUCACGAUAAGAAAGACUGCCGCCAACACGAGAACACCCACACUGGUUUCAAACCGUAUGAGUGCAGUGUCUGUGGAAAGAGGCUAUCCCGUCUGUACUCGCUGAAAGUGCACAUGAUGGGUCAUACGGGCAUCAAGCCGUACGCCUGCUUGUACUGCCGCUCCACAUUCCGAGAUCAGGCGAAAUUCAUCUCGACUGGCACUCGGGAGAAACUAGCCAUGUUGCACGGAGAACGGAUGUGA